AACAGACUCGAUCUGUCCCACAUUACAGUCUGUAGUGUUCAUUUCACCUAGUUUUUCUAGCCGCCUUCCUACUUGCCGCCGAGCCACAGCGCCAGGCUGCUGAAUACACGAGAAUCAUGGGGACGAGGGAGACAUGCAGGGCGUGCUUUGACAGUCGGACAUUGUGGAUGGCUGUGUUAGUGCCAGUCGUCCUGCUUCCACUGCCGAUACUCAACCCAAGUGAGGUGUCCCGAUGUGGCUACUGCCUGUUGGUGAUAGCAUUCUUCUGGGUCACAGAGAUAAUCCCUCUUGCUGUCACUUCCCUUCUUCCAAUUGUUCUCUUUCCUGUGUUUGGCAUCAUGUCUGCAAAAGAUACUUGCAUGAGCUAUGCCAAGGAUACGCUCAUGCUGUUCAUGGGGAGUCUCAUGGUAGCAGUGGGCGUAGAACGCUGGAAUCUGCAUAAACGUAUAGCACUAAGGACGUUAUCUCUCGUAGGGCCUCAGCCUAAAUGGUUGCUGUUUGGGAUCAUGUUGCCGUGCUGGUUUCUAUCAAUGUGGAUGAGCAACACCGCCACGGCCGCCAUGAUGAUGCCCAUAGUUAAUGCUAUUCUGGACCAAAUCAAACUUACCCGACAUCAGCAUGGCACAGAGGAAACAUCCAUUGCCAUAGAAAACCGAGAUUCUGCGCAAGAAAAGGUGGAGCUGGAGGCCAGCUUAAAGUCCCCCGCCCUGGCCAUUGAAGAAGAAAACAGGCUGACAGUGAAUGAAAAGAGACAAACGGUUGACAAAGAAUUCAUCUGUCUCGCAAAGUCAUUCAGUCUUUGUGUUGCUUUUGCGGCAAACGUGGGAGGUAUGGCGACAUUGACCGGCACACCACCUAAUAUCAUCUUCAAAGGACAAGCCGAUUUGACGUUCUCAAAAGCUGGCGGAUCGGAGGUGAACUUUGCCAACUGGCUGGCCGUAGGACUGCCAAUAUCUGCUAUCUUGUUUGUAUUUGUUUGGGGCUGGCUUUACAUCUACACUGUGAGAACAAAGAUUCUCAAAUGCUGCCAGAAAGACCAAAAUUCGUACUUCGCAGUGAGAAACGUUAUCAGGAGAGAAGCUAGUAAACUUGGUACAAUGACAUUCCCCGAAGUGAUUGUGUUGGUCAACUUUACCAUUCUGGCGUUGCUGUGGGUUACCCGGAAACCUGGUUUUAUCCCUGGCUGGGGAAACUUGCUAAAGGAAGGGUAUUCAGGUGAUUCUGUUCCCGCAAUUUUGAUAGCUAUCAUUUUAUUCAUACUGCCGGCAAAGAUCCCAAGUUUUCGGCGUAAAGGGGGCGAUCUACCAGUUCAAGGGCAAGGCUAUCAACCUAUUCUUACAUGGAAAGCUGUAAAUGACAGGAUGGCUUGGGGUGUGAUCCUGCUGAUGGGAGGAGGCUUUGCUCUGGCGGAUGCCUGUCAGCGAUCAGGACUUUCAAAGUGGGUUAGUGGCCAUCUUUUAGAGAUGUCUUCACUCGAACCAUGGAUCAUCGCAAUGGUCCUUUCCAUCAUCAUAUCACUGGCAACACAGGUCACCAGCAACGCAGCUACAGCCACGCUCUUCCUACCAAUAGUUGGGGAAAUGGCAACUACACUUGGUCUUAACCCUCUAUAUUUCAUGAUUCCGUGCACACUGUCCACAUCCCUCGCUUUCCUGCUGCCAGUGGCAACUCCGCCAAACGCUAUUGUGUUUGCAUCAGGAUACUUACAAGUAAAAGAUAUGGUUGUCGUUGGUUUUGGCAUCAAUGUAUUUGCCUUGAUUGUCGUCAACUGCGUCCUCAACGCAUGGGCCGUUCCCUUCUAUAAGCUGGAUGUGAUGCCGGAGUUUCUCAUUAUUAACAGAACACUUGUUCCAAAUAUCACGCCAAGGAUGCUACUCAAUCUCACACUGACUCCCUGAAGUAUAAUGUUAUGUUUUAACCACACUGUUUCAGUUAGCGAGUAAACACCCCUUGUGUUUAAGGGGAUCCAAAACAAUACUCCCAUAGCAUCUAUUCGGAAGUCGUUUUAUCUCAGAAAAUAAUACUGUUCUUUUAUCAGAAACAUAUCACUUAACAGUGUAAAUGCGAGUUGCUGUAACCUUCUUGACCUGUUAUAAAUAUCGACAUGCUCGUA